UUAGUGUUUUGUUAUGUGGGACUCAGACUUCUAGUUUUAGUGUUCUGUUAUGUGGGACUCAGACUUCUAGUUUUAGUGUUUUGUUAUGUGGGACUCAGACUUCUAGUUUUAAUGUUUUGUUAUGUGGGACUCAGACUUCUAGUUUUAGUGUUUUGUUAUGUGGGACUCAGACUUCUAGUUUUAGUGUUUUGUUAUAUGGGACUCAGACUUCUAGUUUUAGUGUUUUAUUAUGUGGGACUCAGAUUAGUGUUCAUUAAUGCCUGUAAGCAUAAAGUUUAUAAACCUAAUGUUUUAGCGGUGGAAGAAAACUAUUGGACAGAGAUACUUUGCUAAUAUCAUCUCUGCGCUGAGGAGAGGAAAACAGACCAGAUCCUACAGGCCUUAUGCAGCCAUAGAAAAUUUCAGACACAUCACAACAUUCGAUAGCAAAUCAUAUGAAAUACCAGCAAAUCAUCUAGAGUGCAAACACUUGCUGACGGCUGAUUUCCAGCAUGGAAAAUUUGCCCUUGUUAUGUCUGUCAAUGAAAUCACUUUGUUUACUGUGGACAAUACUGUCACUGUAGACCAUCAGGGGAGGUUAUUCAUCGGGGAUUGUGAUGAACCUGUCAGUGAGAAUUUUAAACUACGUGUUCAAAAGGGCAUGAAUAUAAGUAGACCAUACAAAAGCAGGAUAGCAAUCACUACCUCACACGGCAUAGACCUGGCUUUCCAAACCAAUCGAUAUCGUAGUCGAUGCGGUGUGACACUUUUGACAGGAUUUAGAAAUGAAACACUGGGGCUGCUGGGAAAUCCAGAUGCUGAAAAAGGAACAGAUUGGAAAACCCCCGAGGGAGUAAUGAUGCAGAAAGUUGGGGAAUUUCUCCAGUCUUACGCACUCAGUGGUCCCAAGUAUUGUCAUCAAGCUAAGGAGCAGGAUCAUAUCGCUAAUCCAUACAGAGAUUCUUUGAGAUCUGAGCUGAUGGUCACUCCAGUGGAUAUGGUCCUAGCUGUUCCAGAGACUUUAGAAGUAACAGAAGAUCUAGGGUCUCUGCUAAUUGAACUCGUUCAGUCCAUAGCGAGGAGAUUUGCAGACACACGUAUUGGAUUUCUGAGCACAGGGAGUAAGACCAUCAAAGAGCCUUCACAACAUUUCAUGGACGUAAAGUUAAUCAACACAACUAUGAUAAAAGAGGUGUGGAGGACAGUGAACGAUUCUGAUGCAGCCGUCAUUCUACCUUUUGCAGCUUCAUACCCAUUCAGAACACACAGCCAUAAAGCUAUAUUAUUGCUGUCACCAAAGCUGGACAUACUUAAUUCCUCAAGCUCAGAGAACCUGAAAACUUUGUUCAAAGAGAGGAAGAUUACUUUUUACAUGGCAUCAGAGUAUAAAAGAUUCAAGAACAGAGUCCUUGGGAUAAGCUGGGACAAACGAGCCAUUAUGUACCAGUCGGACAGAUUCAAAAUGUUGUCAUUCCCCAAGGGUGCAUCUAUGAAAAUCUUGAAGGAGUCCUCAGGAGCACUUUUUGACAUUAAGGCAAUAACCCAGAAAGACACCAGUAAAAUUGAUGCUCUGGUGAAAUAUCUUCAUGAUGAAAUGUCGAUAAAUAACCAUUGUCUGUGAAACUGCUGACCAGUAUGGCUAUAAACAGAUUAUAGCCUUUGGAAGUGCUGUAAAUAAUAUGUUGUAAUAAUGUAAAUGGUCUGGAAAGAUUCAAAGCCAUGAGAAUCCCGUUUUUAUUCAUUCAUGUACAUGUCAAUAUUAUAUUUAUAAUAAAAUAGUGUGUCUGUG